GGUUCGUUUUUCAAGAAAUAAAAAAAAGAUCGCGGAGUGGAAUAUGGGUUUGAAAAAAAUAUUUUUAGUUUUGUGGACCAUAUCAAUUGGGCUCCAAGAGGCUAUGGCCGACUUCAAAUACAAUGUCAGUUUGGCCCAAAUGGAUACAUGUCGUCACUAUACGAUACCCACAAAUCGGGGUUAUCAUUAUGCGGAUUUUUUCCAUUUGACCCAUUUAAAGAACAACAAACUGGGUGACAAUGAAUUGUUGCAUUUGAAAUUCUACGUCAUGGCGGCGCGGGAUGCCCACAUUUUGUUGGCGACCACAGAUCAUCCGCGUUUAUCUGACAAGGUCUAUGAAAUCGUCAUUGGUGCCGGUCGCAAUUCAUUCUCAACGAUACGCCUCAACAUGGGACGUGGACGUGUUGCCACCAAUCAGGAUCCCAGUAUUUUAUCAAUGCUCGAUCCCACACCCAUUGAAGUUAUUCAGACGAAGGAUGCCAAUUUGUUGGUUUACAUAACGGGUUUCAAAGACGAACCCUUGAUGAAUUUUACCGACACCUCACCAUUGGCCGUUGAGUAUCUAAGCUUCACAACCUAUGACGGUGUACCGGCCAGUUGGUUCUAUGAUUGUCAAUUUGAUGGCUUUGCCAAUGAACUGGAGGAGGAGGUGCGUGAGCAAACGCCACAGCAGCGGUUGGUGCAAAAUAUUACCGCCAUGGCUGAGAAUGGCUCAUUUCCGGUUGAUUUGAAAACAGUGGAAUUUGAUUUUGUUGUGGCGUCCGUAAGUUAUCAGCAUGAUCGGGGAAUGCUGCAGGCCAGACUGAAUUUGAGAAUGAAUUGGUUGGAUUCCCGCAUUAUUUGGGACCCCAAGAAUUUCGGCAACAUAAAUGCCAUACAGCAUGAUGAGUAUGAGAUCUGGCUGCCCCAUCUAUUGGUUGUCAAUGGUGUUUCGAAUUCCAAAUCCCUGCUGCAGGAGGAACAUAAAAUCAAAAUUCGUCACAAUGGCCAGGUGGGUGUGGAAUUUUACAAUGUCUUCAUUAGUACCUGGUGCCCAAAUCCCUAUGAAAAUUGGCCAAAUGAAGAACUGACGUGUGACAUUGUUUUUGGGCUGGAUCAGGGACCUUUGGAGUCGUUGACUUUAAGCUACAAUGGAACAUGGUCACAUCCUGUCAUAAAUUCCCUAUCGGAAUGGAGUUUGCGUGAGAUCCGGGUAACUCCCGUUGCCGGUGGUGCCAAUAUGCGUUAUACCGACAAACAAAUUCUGCAGGCCAUGGAUGGAGAUGUGGCGUUGGAGUUUGCCAUUGCCCGAAAUGGACGUUUCUAUAGGAAUGUGUUUUCGAUGCCGAUUUUGGCUUCCCAAAUCCUCAUCAUAUUGUCGUUUCUCCUGCGCGGCUAUCGCCGUGGCGCUUUAAUUUUGGUUGUUAUGGUAGUCUUGAUGCUGGGCCUAAUGUUCCUAACCAAACAUGCUCCCACAUUUUACAUACCACCCAUAAUGUUGGCCUAUCAGCACAUCCUGCGAACGGCCACAUUCUGUUAUAUCCUGCAUAUCUGCCUUAUGUGGCUGGAGUUAUACCCACCCAAGUGUAAACCCUAUGGCUGGCUGACAUCGGCCAUUAAUUUCUCACCCUUGAGGCUGGUGCUGUGCAUGAGAUUGAGUGAUUCCGACGACUUCAUCGACUCCCAGCAGCAACCAUGGUGCGAGGUGGCCAAGAUCCUGAAUGCCUUGUGUUUUGUGUUGAUCAACAUUGUCUGUGUAUUGGUGGUGGUCACCCUGUUGCCUCAUGUCUAGCCUUAAUUAUUGAAAUCCAGUUUUUUUUUAUAAAAUUAAAAAAAAUAAAAUAAAAUCGAAUGUAUUUUUGUGAAAAAAGUUCCAAAA